GAAAGAUUGAUAUAGGUAACCUUGCUCGAGACAGGUGUCUUGUCGCCCUGUCUCAUACUUGAGCCCUUCCUUCGAUCUAGUUAGAAUCGGACCAGAUUUCUAAAUCUCAGAGAGAGAGAGAGAGAGAGAAAAGACCAUUUCAGCAGACUCGAGGCAAAGCAUCGUUUUUGUGCAGAAUAAUAUUGUUAUAAAACAUGUCUUCGACCGAAAACGUACAAGCAUUGGUUUUGCAUGGCGCCAAAGACUUGAGAUUGGAAAGUCGACCACAAUCCGCUCUCCAACCAGGAGAAGUCCGAAUAGCAGUCAGGGCAACUGGUCUUUGCGGCUCCGAUCUACAUUACUACCAUCAUGGCCGGAACGGUAACUUCGUGCUGAAAGCACCUCUGGUGCUGGGUCAUGAAGCAUCGGGGGUUGUCACGGCUGUACCAGAGUCCUCGAAUGGUGCCACAAAUGGAGUGGUGCCUUCAUCAGCGCUCAAGGUGGGCGACAGAGUAGCUGUGGAAGUGGGAUUCCCAUGUCGGUCAUGCUCUUUAUGCACUACAGGACGCUAUAACUUGUGCCCCAAGUUAUCCUUUAGAUCAUCAGCCAAAACCUUCCCACACGCCGAUGGAACGCUGCAGACGAUCAUUUCACAGCCUGCCAACAUGUGCCAUAAGCUCCCAGACAAUGUCACUUUUGAGCAGGGUGCCCUCGUCGAGCCUCUAGCCGUCUCAUUACAUGCUCUCAACCGAAGCCAGACGGCCGGAUCAGGAGCCGGAGUACCCUUGACGGGCUCGAGCGCUUUGGUUCUUGGGGCUGGUGCGGUAGGGAUGCUGACUGCUGCUGUUCUGGCGGUUGCUGGUGUCACAGAUAUCGUCAUUGCCGAUAUUGAUGCUCCAAGGCUGAAAAUUGCAGGGGCACUUGGUGGUGGCAAAUUCAAACUCAAGACUUUCCUUCUUCCUCGAAAAGCACCUGCCCCUACGAUCGAGGAGACAUUGGCUGGCGCACAAGACCUGGCUGCAGAGGUGUGCAAGUCGGCUGGUCUGGAGGCAGGGUUUGAUCGGGUCUUCGAGUGUACUGGUGUACCUUCCUGUGUGCAAAUGGGUAUCUUUGCUGCCAUGGCUGGGGGGAAGCUGGUCCUCGUGGGGAUGGGCACACCGACGCAGACAUUACCAUUGGGAGCUGCAGCAUUAAGAGAGGUGGAUAUCAUUGGGGUCUUCAGAUACGCCAAUUGUUAUCCUCCUGCAAUUGCACUUUUUGCAAGUGGGAAGCUGGACGGUGUCGCAGAGGAUCUUGUCACUCACCGCGUUGCACUGGCAGAUGGAGAGAAAGCAUUCAGGCUGGCAGCAAACCAGGCGAAGGACGGGGAGGAUGAAGGCCGAGUGCCGGUGAAGGUGGUCAUUACUUCGUAGUACUAAUGAGUAUCAUGUGGUGGGUUAUG